AUGAAAAGAAAAAGCGAAGAGUCAAAGGAGCAGGCGCAGGACGGAAGCAAGAUGCGCGCGCGAGCACGACGAGGAGGAAUUUUUGAGGAGACGAUUGGGAAACGCAUGAUCCACAUCGAGUUUGUCGACACGAACAGGGCUGUCGAGGUAGCUCGCCCGGCGGGCUCCUACCUGUCGACGAUGGGCGUGCCGGGUAGCAAGGGAGUUCGGCACAAGCUGUACCCGGAGGAGACGGGCGCCGCGUACGUCACCGACAAGAAUGCGGGAAACGAAUUGACGACGGCUCAACUCCAUGGAAUCGCGCUCAAUCUCGUCCCACACACCCACUUCACCGCCUACCGCGAGAUUCGGCGCAGCGGGCUUCGUGGAUCGUCCGGAAAAGGUUCGAUCCGUCGGUUCACGGCCUUCCAACGACUAGCACUGCAUCGAGCGCACUUUUCGAAGAAGUUGCGGAACCGCCUCGCCAAGAGGAUGAAAAACCUGGCGGCCGACGAUGCGCUCAACCCGGUGGGCCACACGCUUGAGGCCAAGCUGCCGCUCAAUCCAACGUUGUUGCGCUUCAGUUCUUUGAUUGCCCGUACCGCCACCGAUUGGGCCGACUACCGCAAGCGUGCCCUCGCCGCCAUCAACAAUGCCCGUGAGAUGCGCACGCGAAACAGUGCAAGG